GAUUUCGUAUGAAAUUAUUGUUGGCGUGUUUUUGUUUUUGGUACCACAAUUAUGAGCACAGAUGAUCGUAAUAUGUCGUCACAUUCUCGUACUGGAGUAGUUGUUUCCAUUAUUAUGCCUGUUCAUAAUGGUGAGCCUUGGUUAACAGAAUGCUUAGAGUCUGUCGUAUCACAGACUUUCAACGGAUCUAUGGAGCUGUCUGUCUACAAUGAUGCAAGCACUGACAUGACAGCAUCCAUUCUUGAAGGCUUCAAAUCUAAAAUGGAGAAAGCUGGCAUCUCCAUGUUGAUAAAUGGUCACAAUGGCACACCUGUCGGAGUGGGUGCAGCCAGAAAUCGGGCCAUUGGAGCAAGUGGUGGACAAUUCUUAUGCUUUCUUGAUGCAGAUGAUGUAAUGGACAGCAGAAGAAUUGAGAUGCAGUUAGCAGCAGCUGUCUCAAGACCAAAUGCUAUUGUUGGUUGUCAGUUCAGACGUCUCCCUGUGGACUCUACCCCACGAUUCACAGAUUGGUGCAAUAGACUUGAACAAGAACAGUUGUACACUCAGGCAUACACAUCACAUGGUCCAACAGUUGCCAUGCCAACAUGGUUCUGCUCAAGAGAAGUCUUUGACAAAAUUGGAAAGUUUGAUGAGAGUGGAAAGGGUACACCGGAAGAUCUGAUCUUCUUCAUGGCACAUUUAAAAAGUGGAGGGGAGCUCUACAGAGUGAAUGAAGUCCUGAUGAUGUAUAGGUAUCAUCCUGGAGCUACCACUCACUCCGUUCACAGGGAGACGAUCUGGGAGAUCCAAGUAUCUUCCUUGGAAGAGCAAGUUCUUUGUGGCUGGAAUCAAUUCACCAUCUGGAAUGCUGGUAAACAGGGUCGAAGGUUCUACAGAACGCUCAAAAAUGAGAACAAACAAAAGGUGAAUGCAUUUUGUGAUGUUGAUGAAAAGAAGAUUGAGAAAGGAGUCUAUAUCUAUGAAGAGAGCAAGAAGUCACCGAAACCAAGGGUUCCAAUUGUUCACUUCUCUGAUGCGAUGCCACCUUUCAUCAUAUGCAUGAAGCAGGAUCUAACAGGAGGUGACUUUGAGAAAAACCUAGGAUCACUGAAUCUUCAAGAGGGCAAAGACUACUACUUCUGCAGUUGACAAGGUCUACUACUUCUGCAGUUGACAAGGUCUAAUUCUUUUGCAAUUGUCAAGGUCUACUACUCGUACAAUUGAAAAGGUCUGCUACUUCUACAGUUGACGAAUUCUACUCCUGUAGUCAACAAGGUCUACUUCUGCAGUUUACUUGGUCUACUACUCCUGCAGUUGACAAGGUUCACUUCUGCUGUUGACAGUCUACUACUCCUGAAGUUGCUAAGGCUGACCCGCUGUGAGGUACAUGUGUUGUUAGGUAUCUCUGUAGCCUAAUCUUUUAUUGUAAAAACUUCAUUACCUUGUUUUUCUCUUUCAGUAUAGGAUAAUUUGGCAGGAUUUCUAUAAACAGCAUUCCUUGAUGAAUGGCUGUCAAUGAGCAUACAUUCUCUCCAGCUUGUCUUUUAUUGUGGUAGAGCCAGGAAUGCAACAUGGUGCAAGCUUUUUAAUUCAUUAAUAUGAUGUCGAAUUCUGGUCCCAUCCUCUUCACUUCAUAUGCUACCUGUAGAAUCAAUCAGAGUAUUAUUUUAAAAACGUUUCAAAAAUUAUUAAUAUAU